AUGACAUCUUCAGAGCUUAAAAACACCGAUUUCAGUCCUGUAGAUUAUGCGAUUGGUUCUCCUCAGUUUAUCUAUUUUGUGUGGUGUCCUGUCAAUCUGACAGAUGUGUUCGCUACUACGCCUCUUCUGUUCUCCAGGCCUACCGAAGCACAGGUAUCCGGAAUUCCUGGUGUAUCGGUGUUGGUCAUCAAUCAAGGGGAGAUAGUUCACUCUAACAAUUUUGGAUUUUCCAAUCUGGCCGAGAACAUACUAGUAACCUCCGAUACGAUUUUCCACAUCGCAUCGAUGACCAAAAGCUUUACUAUAGCGUGUAUCAAUCGCCUGAGGGUCGAAGGAAAACUCACGUUAGAUAACACCAUUCAGGAUAUUCUUCCCGAAGCCCAAAGUCGCGAUCCGGUAGUUGCUCAAUUCGGCACUGUUGCGGAUUUGCUGGGACAUCGAACAGGGUUUUAUAAAGUAGAUAGUAUAUGGCUGGGCGCAGAAGGCGAGCUCAUGUUUAAACAAGAACAGGCUACGGCAGUUUUCAAUCAACUCCGUUCAGUUCAAAGCGUUCGAUCCAAGUUUAUGUACAACAAUAUCUACUUCGCCAUGCUUGGUGAAAUUAUCGCCAAAUUAUCUGGAAUGACACGCAGUAUCACAACCAAAGUCAAUAGUCUUCCAGACAAUACUUCUCUCACUUACAACGCCUUUUCAGAUGCAACGCCAUUCAACGUUCCUCUUCCUGGAAGCAGUGCAAGCGGGGCAUUAGGAGCGUCGGGCAGCUUAAUGAGUACUUCAAACGAUCUUAGCAAGUAUUACAAGGCUUUGAUGAAAUGCUGGACUGCUCAAACCAAUCACAAGGAAAGGGCCUCACAUAUUGCAGAAAACCUACUCUUCGACGAUGUCUCCUGGUUAUUCACACCACUUCAAAUCAUGGAUCUCCCUACAGCGAGGGAAAAAAGCUAUGCUGGGGGUUGGGCGAGAAGUCAAUUGCCGGGAACACAUCAAAGUAGUCUUGUUGGGGACACGUCGUUUGUAAUGCUUUUGCCCGAGGCUGAAUCCGCGGUCGUCGUCCUUACAAAUUCGAUGGCUCUGAAUGACGCUGCGGACUGGAUCGGUCAACUGCUUGUCGAGAAGUUGCUGGAUAGUCCUAUUCGAAAUGAUUAUGCUCGUCUGGCUUCUCUUAGCGCUAAGAGAGCAAUCAAAAAGUACGAAGAGUUGACAAACAAGCUUGAAGCGGGAAAAGACCUCUCAAACCCACCAAAAGAUCUUGCAAAAUAUGCGGGAUCGUACGUUGGCUUUGGCGGCGUUUUCCUCAUUGAUAUCGCUGUGGUUAAAGACUCGCUUGAACUCCGCUGGCAGGGACGUAAGUCCCAAGCUUUACCUCUUCACCACUACCGCGAAGAUGUCUUCUCCUGGUUCCUAACAUUCGACGACCAAAUCAAGCAUGGACUUUUCCCUGCCUACAGACCUCAAUAUUACUUAAUGAGCUUCAAGUCAGAGGACGAGAAAGGGUUCAAAAUUUUGAAUUGGGUGCAUGACGGAGAUGUAGUAGAGGGUGAAAACUUCUACCGACUUGGGGAUAGUCAGUCUCGAGUCUCUGGUAUCAGUCUUUGA